AUGCCCGAAUCUACCUCGCACGCCGCCGCCGCCGAGAAGGCUUCCCAGAACGCGGGUCAGCCUUCGAGCCACUCGCACCAUGGAGAAGAGAAGAAGGCCGGAGAGAAACCCGAACACGAGGUUGGCGCUAGGACUGGAAAGCCCAUCACCACUCAAGUGCGUCAUUGUUCAGGUCGUCUGACGUGAGGAUUCGCUCAGAUCAUUCAAGCGAGCUCCUUCCGAGAGCCGGGGUUGGACGACACAGAGGCAUGAGACUGAUGAGACGUUUAUUUUGAAACUUCAGGGCGAUCUCACCAAGCCUGUUGAAGAGGAGUAG